UGAUUUAUUUCGGAGAGCGUCUUAGGGAGGUUGAGUGAGGUUGUUGGUCCAACGCCAGCCUCUCCCAUAACGGCCAAACCUGUACUCCGUGAUUUGAACAUCUUCCAGGCUUUACCCUGCGAUAUGAGAUGGAAUAUCUAUCUACCUUCUCGUUGACUUUGUUUACGGUGAUUGACCAAUAGGAAGUGACCCAAGAUCCCAGUAGCUGUGAACGGAAGUGUCAACAUUCCCACGGAGGAAGGACGGGACGCUGCUGCUGAGCCGCACAGGACCACGCGACUCUCCCACGGACUGCUUUUGUUCCCCACGUCACUGAAAGGCACACCGGCUGGGAUGAACACACAUGCAGUCCACGGGAAGCAGGCACACGUUGCUCAGACUGCUGGCAGCGGACGAAACAAGUGACUGAAAGAACCCCAAAACAGAAGGAUCUGUGACUACCUCCUCACUUCGUAUACGGGUUGAUUGGUCCUUUGCAAGAGGACUUCCUCAAAAGAGCCAUAAUCCAGAAGACAACAUGGCUGACACAGUGAAUGCAUUGCCGUUCUUCUACGGCAACGUCACCAGGGAGGAGGCAGAGGACUACCUGGGGCAGGCCAGCACGGGCAACGGCACAUACCUGCUGAGACAAAGUCGAAACUAUCUCGGAGGAUUUGCACUGUCUGUGUUUCAUUCGGGCCGCUGCUACCACUACACCAUUGAAAAAGAGCCCAAUGAAAUGUAUGCGAUUGCUGGUGGGAAGAGCCACAAAACCCCGGUUGAUGUGAUCGACUACCACUCACAAGAGAUGGACGGCCUUGUGUGUCUGCUGAAAAAGCCCUGCAACAGGCCCAGAAACAUGCAGCCAAAGAUCGGGGCGUUUGACGACCUGAAGGAAAAAUUGAUCCGGGAGUAUGUGCAACAGACAUGGAAUCUACAGGGAGCAGCUCUGGAGCAGGCCAUCAUCAGCCAGAAGCCUCAGCUGGAGAAGCUUAUUUCUACCACUGCACACGAAAAAAUGCCUUGGUUCCAUGGAUCAAUAACACGAGAAGCCUGUGAGCCAAGGCUUCAAAAUGGCUCCCGUGUAAAUGGAAAAUUCCUGAUCCGACAGAGAGAUGCAAAAGGAUCUUUCGCCCUGUGCUUACUCCAUGAACGACAAGUCAUGCAUUAUCGCAUCGACAGGGACCGGACGGGGAAGCUCUCUAUCCCAGAUGGCAAGAAAUUUGACACCUUGUGGCAGCUGGUGGAACACUACUCGUACAAACCUGAUGGUCUGCUGCGAGUGCUAACAGAACCCUGUCCAAGACCCCACGGAGAAACUGGGAUGCUAGGACGGCAACUCCUCUCACCGGACGCUUCUUCAGUAACUUCUGCCUUUCAAAAUGCGGCAGAUGGAAUUCUCUCCAAACUCAGAACUGUUCCCAUACCUGGCAUAAAAAAGAAACGGGGAUCUCGACACAACCCCACAGAGCUUCAAAAUCCUUAUGAACCCAGCGUGCUCAAUAUUCAAGCAGGCAAAGAGGCCAUGCCAAUGGACACAGAUGUAUACAACCCAUAUGCAGACCCUGAUGAACUGAGGAGUUCUACAGUGGAUCGCAACCAGCUCUUCUUGGAGGAUGGAGAACUGGGCUCUGGUAACUUUGGGACAGUCAUGAGGGGAAUCUACAAAAUGAAAAGGUCGGAGAAGACUGUUGCGGUCAAAAUCCUGAAGAAUGACGAUAACGACCAAUCGGUACGUGACGAAAUGCUGCGGGAAGCCAAUGUCAUGCAGCAGCUGGACAAUCCUUAUAUCGUCCGGAUGAUUGGUAUCUGUGAGGCAGAGAACCUCAUGCUGGUCAUGGAGCUGGCUGAGCUGGGACCACUCCACAAGUUCCUGCAGAAAAACAAACAAACGACAAUAAAGAACCUCACAGAGCUGGUCCACCAGGUGUCCAUGGGAAUGAAGUACCUGGAGGAGCAUAACUUUGUGCACAGAGACCUCGCUGCCAGGAACGUGCUGCUGGUCACUCAGCACUACGCCAAGAUCAGUGACUUUGGCCUCUCUAAAGCCAUCGCUGAAGAGAAGAACUACUACAAGGCAAAGGGUCAUGGGAAGUGGCCGGUUAAAUGGUAUGCUCCUGAGUGUAUAAACUACUUCAAGUUUUCAUCCAAAAGCGAUGUGUGGAGCUUUGGGGUGCUCAUGUGGGAAGCCUACUCAUAUGGACAGAAACCAUACAAGGGAUUGAAGGGAAACGAUGUCAUGCAGAUGAUUGAAGGUGGAAGACGUAUGGAUGCCCCAGUGAACUGUCCACCAGAGAUGUAUGACCUCAUGAAAACUUGCUGGACAUACAAAGCGAAUGAAAGGCCCGGAUUUAAAGUUGUUGAGCCACGGCUACGAGAGUAUUAUUAUGACAUUGCAUCGUAAUUCUUCUCAUGGGUGUUAGGGGGUAAUGCAUAACAAUGUGCAGAAGGACUGCCUUUAUUCAUGCUUGAAUGAACGAAGCCACGUGCACAGAUAGACCCCUAAUGGUGCUCAAGCACCUGCCCCUUUGCCCUGGAUGAGAAAAGUGCCCCUUGGGCUGCUGGAGCCCAAUCUCUUCUUCAUUGAUCAAUAUGUAAGAAAUUACUCUCUCUGUCAUCAAUUCCCCCAAAUAUGUUUUGAUAUCUGGCGGGGCAUUUAUUUGAGUUCUUGUGAGAAUUUUGCGCCAACAUGCUCCGCGGCGCUCACAAGCCACCACCGCGCCCCUUCUUCCUCCUCCUCCUCCGCUUAGUGCUUGUGCAGUGCUGAGCGCCAAACGGGUGCAGCAUCAGACAGGUAAUGAGGGUGUUUGUGCAAUCCCCCCAACGUUGUUUGGUGAUAAAUUAACCAUAACAUUACGCCGCUGAGAACAUUACGUUGCAACUUGUCCGACGUUUUCUGAAAAAUAAACAAACAAAAAACUCACGUGAUUUCAAAUCCUUGUCCAGCUGUUUACUGACGUUUGUCUUGUUUAGUGAAGAGAGAGAGGGCGAGAGAUGCAGGCAGACAGGCAGAGAAUUUAAAGGCAGUUUUACUGUUCUACAUAUUGAACAAGUUUGCUAGUUUUGUUUAAUUUGAUUCAAUUAUUAAAAAGAAAGGUAGGUCUUAAGUUGAGCUACAUGACGGUCUGGUGAGGUGUAUUGUGGUAUAUUAUGCUUUGGUAUAUUAUAUAUAAUGCUGCUUAUGCAGAUGUCAGAAAACAGUAAAAAAAUGUAUGUGUGUUUUCAUCGUUAUAGAGCUUAUGUAAGUCCCUUUUGAUCAUUAUGCACAACAUUGGUUUAUCUUAUGCCACAUAACUUGUGGCAUAAUGCCAAGAAAAGAGAGACUCCAAAAGCAGAAUGACAGGGAAAAUAUCCUACUGUGUUUUUAUUUAUUUAUUUUAUUAUUAGUAUUUUUCCUUUUAUGAAUAAUUUUGGUGAUGGGUGCGCUUUUUUGGUUUUGGUUUGAGCACCUGCCCCCCAAAAUGUCUGUGCACGUGCCUGCCAGAGAUGUAAUGAAUUAUGAAUGCUGUUGUAAAAUAUUGAAGGACUACUUUCACAACUUGUAAACAAUUAACCGUAUUAAUGCAAAUUACAUUUAUUUUAUUACUUUUUACUUUUUUUGUUCUUUACUGAAUGUAAACAAUAUAGAAGUUAUAAUAAACAUACAAGUCUUGCUUAAUGUAUGAACAAACAUUGAUGUUAUAGGUAACACACUCCAUGCCUUAUUCAUUCACUAGAUGUGUUUCCUGCCGUCAGUGCAAACUUGCCUUUCACCGUUUUGAGAUCAAAAUUGCUCAUCGGGUGGGGGGGGGGUAGCUGGCUGGCCAGCGUUUCUUAGAUUGAAGUGAGACUAGGAGGAAAGGUGAUGUUGUGAUCUUGAUAAUAAAACAUAUUUGAUGUGGCAUGACGA